AUGCAGUGGAUGAGCAUGUACUUUCUCGUGUACGCCGUGCGUGCUAGUUAUCUGAUCUUGUUGAUAGUGUACCAGCUCUCACUCAAGACAAAACAGAUAGCCGAGGAGAGAAUGGAAAUCUUGAACACAUCAGCCGCCUAUGGAAGAUAUCAAUACUUGGCGUUGUGUGUUGUACAUCGUAUCGGGUUUGGCAGAAAGAUGAAGAAACCUUUCGACUUCUUGACGGUCACAUGUUUCAGCUUUACCUGGUUUGAUACGACUAUUUUUGACCGGAACAUAGCAGGCCAGCUAUUUUCCCAUAGGCCUGAUAAGACCACCGGGAAACGCAGGACUGGAAAUUUUGAAUUUCGCUUGACCUAG